AUGGCCCCCCGCGCCCCCCCUCCUUUCCACCUCAACUCCCUCCAAUCUUCUGUCCCAAAAAUAUUUGACCAGGCACAGUCCACCACCGCAAACCACCAGAAGAACUUUGUCGCGCUCUACAAACUCCACACAGAGGCCGCCGCAACAACAGAAGACGUCCAGAAUGGCCGCAGCAUCAAGCUCACAGGAGAACGCAUCUUCGAGGAAGUUUGUAUCGCAAUAGUUGCUCGCGUUCUUCCUCUCAAAAAGGGCAUCACCGUAGCCGACCGCAUCGUCAGGUUUGUCGGAGGAUACACUAGAUUCAUUAACCAGAAAGCUCUGGAAGAGCGCAAGGACCAGAACCUCGAUGACGACGACGACACGACAGCCUCUAGGUUCGUCUCGAGAAUCCUCAAGUUCCUCCUCUUGGGCUGCGUAGCCAAGGAUAAAUCCAUUCGCUUUCGCGUUCUGCAGCUCAUAUCAGAACUCAUCACGCAGCUUGGAGAGAUCGACGAAGACUUGUAUACCGAAUUGCGCUCAUCCUUGAUGGACCGUGUCCGCGACAAAGAGCCUCCAAUCCGCGCACAAGCCAUCAUAGCGCUUUCGAAACUCGCCGGCUCAGAGGACAUCUCGGACUUAGGAGAGGACGAAGCGAGUAUCAUGGAGGUCCUGCUCGACUCCCUGACCUACGAUACCUCCCCAGAUGUUCGCCGUGUCGCGCUCGUGAACAUACCCCUCACGCCGCGGACACUCCCGCUCUUCCUCGCCCGCUCCCGCGACAUCGACCCCGCAGUGCGCAAACUUGUCUACUCACAUGUCCUCGAGCCACAUUGCAUGCUCGAAACCGGCACCGUCAUCGGUCCCACGCAUCCCCGCGCGUUGUCCAUCGCGCAGCGCGAGCUCAUCGUGCGCAAUGGGCUCGGCGAUCGCGAGGAGAGCGUCAAGGCGGCCGCCGGCAAGCUUGUCGCGACGUGGCUCGACGUCGUGCGCGCAGAAGGCGUGAAGCGAGAGCGGGACGAGGAGGAAGGCGCGCGUGGCGACGUCGUGGCAUUCCUUCACCUGUUCGACCUUGCGGAAGGCAAGGUAGCGGAAGACGCUUUGCUGAGUGUCUUCGCCACUCGGGUCGAUAUCUUCGACAAUGUCGACUUUGACGACAAUUUCUGGACAUCGCUCACUCCAGAAAGAGCUUUCUUGGCCCGCGUGUUCGUGGACCAUUGCAUCGCUACCAAAGACGACGCGAGGCUGGAGUCCUCACUCCCAGUCGUCACCGCACUCGCGUUCCGUAUUCAAGCCACGUACAACGACCUACUUCAGCUCUUCCAGCAGGAGGAAGAAGAUCAGCUCCUACGCGGGGGAAUGGACGACCCCGAGGAGGAGGAGGAGCGAGCGCGCAAGGAAGAGCGCCGCAUCGACAUGGAGUUUGUCAUCGGCGAGAUGCUCAAGCUCGCGGCAAACUUAGACUACGCGGAUGAGAUUGGGCGGCGGAAGAUGUUUCAGCUUGUCCGUGAUAUGAUCUCGCAUGACGUUCUCCCUGAGAGUCUGGUCCCGCGGUGCCUAGAUGUUCUGCGCGUCCUGUCUCCCAAUGAGCGUGAUCUGAUCAGGGUGGUCGUCGAGGUGAUCCACGAGCUGCGCGACCCGAGCGAGCCUGAGGAGGAAUCGCGCGAGGUCAACGACGGCGAAAGUGAGUUUGGGCGAACGCCCGCGACCGCGCGGACCGUCCGCAUGCUGCCAAAGCCGACGGAAGAGAUGUCACCGGAAGAAAAGGCGCGCGCAGAUGAAAUGGAUUUGAGGUGCCUCACCCUCGUGAUUGGGAUGCUUGAGCGCGUGAACGGGACCUUUGAGGAAAACUCGACGCUCGAAGGCAUAUUGGGCGAGCUGAUCAUCCCGUCCGUCAAACGCAAAGAGUUCCUGCUGCGACAGAAAGGCCUCGUCGCUCUCGGACUUUGCUGUCUCAUUGCGCGGGUCAUGGCUCUCAAGUCGUUCCAAUUGUUUCUCAGCCAGCUGCAGAUGGCCCCGGAGGCUCUCAAGAUCACUGUUCUCCACGUUGUGUUUGAUAUUCUCAUGGUGCACGACAGUGAUUUCCUUGGCCCUGGGAGUAUUAAUGGGCAGCGUAUCGUCGACUUUCUACUCCACCUCCUGGAGAAUGAAGAGUCGGAGAAAGUGCAAGCACUGCUAUGCGUUGGCGUCUCGAAGCUCAUGCUAUCAGGGAUGAUCACGGACGACAGGGUCCUGAAGAGUCUUGUACUCAUGUACAUCUCUCCCGAAACGGCGAGUAAUCAAGAGCUCCGUCAAUGCUUGGCGUACUUCUUCCCGGUCUAUUGCUACUCGUCUGCUGUGUACCAGCGCCGCAUGCAGAAAAUCUUCAUCUCCCUAUACGAGCACCUGAUCACGACGUCACGCGAUUGGGACCACGAGCAGGAGCCCGUCAGUCCAGCGCAGGUGGCGUUGAUGUUUGUGGAUUGGACUGAUCCACAGAAGGCUGUGAACGUGGGGGACCCGUCGCGUGAACACACGGGCGCAAACGCAAUCCACGUCGACAUGGCGAGCGACAUCGUAAAAGCACUGUUCAAUAAGAACAUGACAAAGGAUGACAAGAAACCCCUCUGUCAGCUACUUGGAAAGCUUUAUAUCCCCAACGAAGUCGACGAUGAUCAGUUACGGACGCUGAAGCUCCUUAUGGAGAGCCUGCGCUCGCGCCGUCCAAUCCGUGAUACCACCGCUCAGAAUGCGUUCAUCAAGUUCGACGAUAUGAUCUCCAAGAAAUUUGCGAAACAGCUCGAAGGGUUCAGUGAAGAAGAGUAUCGGCAGCUGGAGAACAUGAAAGAUCUUUUCGAGUUCCUCGACGCGGUCGAGCCAGACUCCGAGGAAGAAGACGUCAAACCUACCAAGAGGACGAGAAAACGGAGGUCCGCGAGCAUUGCUACAAGCUCAGCAACGACCCCUCCGGCGUCCGACCGCGAAACUCAGUCUCCAGCACCUCAACGUGCGCGACGGAACAAGGCAAAAAAACGUCGCCUAUCUCAGUCGGACGAAGAGUCGGAAGCUGAGUCCGUUGAGGCUAUCCCCCGGCGGGUCAUGCCCAAACGCUCUGCUGCGGCGAAGACGAGACAAGCUGUGAAGCCGAUUUAUGUCGCCGACAGCAACGAAGACGAAGAUGAGGACGAAGAGGAAGAGGAAGACGAGGAGGAAGAGGAAGACGAGGAAGUUGUGCCCCGUUCUCGGAAAUCUCAGAAUCGGUCUAAGCGUCGUGCAUCGUCGAGCGCGGCGACUGAGGUACCUGCGCAUGACGACGAAGAGAAUGAAGAAGAGGAAGUUGACGAGAUUCUCUGAGCUGCGUGCAAAUCUAUCAUGAUCUAGUAUAAUUUGUCUUCUCCUUUGAUAUGUACAAGUAUGUGCGAUGUAUCUACGUAUACAUUACUUGAC